AUGGCUGCAGGCUCCCCUCCACGCCGCCUACAGAGGCCCUCGCAUCGCCGCACGCCCUCGAGCCUGGAAAUAGUGCCCGAGGAUUUGCCCGUCAUGUCCACCCAGGACCCGAAAUCCAGGUCGGAGCCCCAACUGGGCCUCUCUGCCCUCUCCACCGACCCUGCACCGGGCCACUCGGCACAGGCUGGCGCUGGCGCUGCGCUGCUGGGAGAGGCCUCGCGCUCACGUCCAGCACCCGUCUCCACGCCUGGCCUCUCGCGCUCCAACUCCUUCUCCAACAGCUCCUACCACGAUGACUCGGAAGACGACACCGCCUUCUUCCCGCCCGUCGAGCGGCUCACCAUGUUCGACUUCAUCGAGAACAUGGCGCUGCAGCAGCGCUUCGACAAGCUCCAGGCCUCCAUCUCGUCCCAGACAGAGAGGCUGAAGAUCCAGGCCAAGAACCGAGGUAUCACGCGCGACCGAGUCGUCGAUGAGUGGCGGAGAAGGGUGCCCACCGAGGGUGAACAGCUCGAGCGUUACAAGACGCGGGUGCGCAAGUCGGUCGAUCGCCUCAACGCGCGCUUCAACGAGUCCCUGACCGUCACCGCGCGAGAGAAGGCUUCCUUCAUCGCUGCUGUCUUGAACAUCUUCGUCUCGGGCUAUCUGGUCGGCCUGCACCCCGGCUACUUCCCGCACUGGUACACGGCGCAACUCCUAUGGUUCAUGCCUAUCCGCUACUACACCUACCACAAAAAGGGCUACCACUACUUCCUCGCUGAUCUGUGCUACUUCGUCAACAUCCUCGCCGUCCUGAGCAUCUGGGUGUUCCCGCGGUCAGAGCGUCUCUUCAUCGCCACGUACUGCCUGAUCAUGGGCAACAACGCCAUCGCUAUCAUCAUGUGGCGUAACUCGCUCGUGUUCCACUCGAUGGACAAGGUGGUCAGUCUCUUCAUCCACAUCAUGCCGUGUGUGACGCUUCACUGCAUCGUGCACCUGCUCUCGCCCGAGUAUCAGAAGGAGCACUACCCCGCCAUCUACAAAAUCCGCCACUCCGACCCAUCCUCUCCGCACCACUACAGCCUGCCGCAAAUGAUGAUGUGGGCCACGCUUCCAUACGCCUUCUGGCAGCUUACCUACCACUUCCUGAUCACCGUGCGUCGUCGCGACAAGAUCGCCGCCGGACGUCCUACCAGUUUCACAUGGCUGCGCAAGUCCUACGCUAGGACUUGGAUCGGUAAAUUCGUCCUCUCGCUGCCGAGCUUCCUCCAAGAACCAGCCUUCAUGGGUAUCCAGUACUCGUAUGCCGUGCUCACCAUGCUGCCCGCUCCCAUCUGGUUCUGGUAUCGCUGGGCUAGCGGCAUCUUCCUCACGGUUGUCUUCGUCUGGAGUGUCUACAACGGUGCCACGUUCUACAUCGACGUCUUUGGCAACCAGUUCAAGAAGGAGCUCGAUGCCCUCAAGGCGGAUAUCGUGAAGUGGCAGGCUUCUCCUGAGGGUGGGUACACACCCUUCACUCCCUUUGAGGGAGGUCAAGAGAAGCAACUCGGCUACAUCCCGCCGCUCGAAGGCAGCACUGCCGUCAAGCCCGCUGAUGGAGAGGCUGAGAAGAGGAAGUAG